ACAAAGAACAGACUUAAUGACGUCAGACACGUGUGUAAAGCGUUGGCUAUUGGCUGAUUCACAGCUGACGUGCUGACGCUAUUUGGCGUAAGGCACUGAUCGUGCUAUCGCUCUUUUCCACUUACAUCACAUCUGUAAAGACGAUUAGACGUACGACCGACGCUCAGAAUAGCGACGGUUUGCUUCGCGCACGUGUCGUACGUUAAAUUAUAGUGCCUAUCCUACAUGCUGUGUCGCUCAUUCUGUUCAUAACGCUAUGAAAAUCUGGACAUCAGAACAUACCUUUGAUCAUCCAUGGGAGACAGUAGCACAGGCUGCAUGGAGAAAAUAUCCAAACCCUAUGGUUCCCUCCGUUAUCGGAGCGGACGUCAUCGACAGAAAAGUCGUCGAAGGUGUUCUUCAUACACACAGACUUGUUGUUUCUACACAAUGGGGAUUUCCUAAAUGGACGCAAGCGUUAAUCGGCUACGCGAACUUGUGUUACGCCAGCGAGCGCAGCGAGGUCGAUCCUGUGAAUAGACAAAUGAUCCUCAGGACGCAUAAUUUAACCUUUGGCAAUUAUAUCGCUGUGGAUGAAGCUGUCAGAUACACGCCCCAUCCGGAUGAUCCCGGCAAGACACUACUCACGCAGGAAGCGGUAGUAACUGUCCGAGGGGUACCACUCACUAACUAUAUGGAGGACCUUUUAGCUUCAAAAAUCUCCUUCAAUGCGAGCAAAGGUCGACAAGGGUUAGAAUGGGUGAUCAACAAGCUCGAAUCCGAGAUGAAGGAGUUCGCCUGAAAGGCCCGGCCGCCGUCGCGAACUUUCUGAACUGCCGCUAUCAGCACAACAUGAGCGCCGGCGUCGGUGGGGAGCGGCAACUUCUAGAUCGAACGUUUACGCCGAUCAGAAGAACAUUAACAUCCCGGACUUCGUCAGAAACAAGCAGAUGAUUCGCCGCGGGCCACGUAGAUCGCCUAAUUGAAUUUUGCGGAACUUGUUACGAACCGAUUUGCAGGAGCGUUCCUUUUCAAAAACAGCUGCUGCCUGCGCAAUCGUACACCGGGGUCUGUAAGGAUGUAUCGAGUGGACGAGCGAACGACUGACAUAGAAAUAUAAAAAAAUGCGUAGGUUUAAUUUAAUCGAAGAGGUACACCAAGAUUGGUUCAGCUGGAUGACAACAAUCUCGACAUUUCAACCCGUAUCUGCGUACAUCUGUCGGGCCGACAGUGCCGACUCACGAUGAACGCAUAAAUCUAGUACAAUUCGGCCAAUACUGAUAUGGACAACUUGGAGCUCACAAUUUAUAGUAGAAUUCAAAAAGAGAGAUAUAUAUACAUAAAUGUAAUUUAUAUUUAAUUUAAUCGUACAAAGAUUUUAAUAAGUAUUAGACGCAAUUUCUUAUACACACCCA